GGUGUGUGAGGUGCAAAAAUAUGGCGACUUGACGACACAAACAACCAUAAACAGUUUGGGAUAUUAUCAUAAUAACGGGAGAUAGUGUUGUAUUCUCCUCAUAAUUUGAUUAAACACAGAAAGAAUAUUUGAGAGGUUCCCGUGGGGUGAACUGCAAUCAUGCCAAGUGCGGGGGCUGUCUGUCCCCCUGUAAUAACGCCACUCAGAAAAGCUAUACCUGGACUGUCGGGAAAUAAAAUUGACACAUCAACCUUGAUUGAAUUAUGUACAGAGACGACAGAAUGUAAGAUAUUUUUCACGUCGGAUGGAACAAAACCAAACCCAUUCCAGCGCAAAGUUGCUGGACGGGAAGUCACCUUCAAAUACAUCGGUUCAUUCACCCUAAAGCCAGGCAAGAGGACGAUCAAAGCUAUAGCUGUGGCAAGAGAUGGAUUACGAGAGAGUGAUGUCAUGACUAAGCAGUUUAAUGUGGAAGACAUUGGUCGACUAACACAGCACCUCAAAGAAGACACCACUACAACAGACGACUACUCAGGGUUCUUUGAUACCUCAGACCAAGACAGCGAUUCAACAAUAAAACCAAAAACUAAGAAAAAAAUCACAAGAAAGACCAAAUCUCCAGUUCGUGGAAAGUCUCCUCUGCGUAAGUCGCUAACAAAGCCCCCGAGAGAGGCCUGGGCCAGUGAACCACUUUUGCCUGAUACACUUGGAUCAGCAUCCGAUGGACCGUUUCCAACACAACAAAUUCCUGAUGGUCCCUUCAAUCCCACAAACUAUUCUGGGACCCAGAUCAAUGUGUGGGGAGGGGCUAUUCCUCCACACAUCCCUGGGGUAGGGCCAGGUAUUCCCCCACCCCCAUAUCCAACACAGUAUGGCUACCUCACAGAAAACAUGAUUAACACAUGUAACCCUGAUGGUAGAUAUGUAACUGUUGGGGAUAUCAAAAGGAUGACAGGCAGUAGAAAGCCCCCUCCAGAGCCUCCAAAGCCUGUGGAGCCCCCACCCUCAAAACCAGCCAUCGAGUACCCAGUAUACCAGGACCCACCUCUCAACUCUGUCAGCCCUGGCAAAGGUGAUUUCAAAGACAAUAUCAUGCACAUAUACGCACACAUGUUGGAAUAUGCCAAGAACACAAAAGAUUUCCGACUCCGAGUUGCUGAACCUCAGAUGGGAAAGAUGCUGGAGGCGAAAUUUGAAGACGAAGGGGAUGGCUACAAAAUUACAGUUGUCAUGGCAAAACCUGGAAUUCCACGGGGCGCUGUGAGAAAGCAGCCUAAGAUUGAGACGUUUAAGAAACCUCCUCCAGCAGAGAAAACCAAACCUAAGAAGAAGGAGAAAGAAAAGGAAAAGCCACCACCGCAACCUAAAUCUGACCCGUUCUUCGCCAUGGAAACGGAAGAUUUACAGACUGAAGGUACGGUGAAACCAUACGAUAAAUUCAACGCAGAGCAGGAUGCGGAGGUACUGAGGAAGGCAAUGAAGGGACUUGGAACGGAUGAGGAGGCGAUAACUAACGUCCUUGCGUACAGAUCUAAUCCACAACGUCAGGAAAUCAGGACAACGUUUAAAACCAUGUUUGGCAAAGACUUGAUCGAGGAGUUAAAAAGUGAGUUAAGUGGACAUUAUCUGGACACCUGUAAAUCUCUACUGAUGGCCCCCGCCGAGUAUGACGCCUACCAACUACACAAAGCUAUCAAAGGGCUUGGUACAGACGAAGAUGUCCUCAUUGAAAUUCUGUGUACAAGAUCCAAUGCUCAAAUCAAAAUGAUUAAAGAAACAUACAAAGCAAAAUAUAACAAAGAACUAGAGAAGGACAUCAUUGGCGACACUUCGGGAAAUCUGAAGCGCCUCCUAGUGUCACAAGUCCAGGCAAAUCGUGACGAGAGCAAGGAGGUUGAUCGCAACAAGGCCAAACAGGACGCCAAGGCUCUGUAUGAGGCCGGCGAGAAGAAAUGGGGAACAGAUGAAUCUCGCUUCAACGUAAUUCUCGUGUCUCGCAGCUACCCACAGCUUCGAGCAACCUUUGAUGAGUAUGACAAGCUGUCUAAAAAAGAUUUCGAGGAGGUGCUGAAGAGCGAAAUGUCUGGAGAUUUGCUCAGUGGAAUGAAAACGAUAGUGAGAUGUGUGAGGAACAAAGCUGGUCACUUUGCUCGCCAGCUGCAGAAAACCAUGAAAGGAAUUGGCACCGAUGAUGAUACAUUGGUGCGUGUGGUCGUCAGUCGGUGCGAGAUCGACAUGGUCCAGAUCAAGGAAGCAUUUGAAAGUCUGGCAGGCCAAACACUUCAACAGUAUAUAGCUGAUGACCUCAGCUCAGACUACCGUGAUGUGAUCCUGUCUCUAGUCAUGGGAGGACCUCCCCCAGACAGGGCCACAAAAUCUGGCAAGGGUUUUGUUGAAGCUGUGAAGUACAAGACUGAGGAGGAGUUAGACGAACAAGUACGAAUGGAGACGGAAAAUAUUCAGGAGGAUCCUACUCUUAAGCCAGCAGAAAAUUUUAAUGCAGAAAAUGAUGCAGAGGUUUUAAAGAAAGCCAUGAAAGGAUUUGGUACUGAUGAAAAGGCUAUUAUCAAUGUCCUGGGCUUCAGGUCUAAUGAACAGAGGAUGGAGAUUGUAAAGACAUUUAAAACAAUGUUUGGGAAGGACUUGGUUAAGGAACUUGAUGGAGAACUCAGUGGAGGUCUGAAGGUGCUGUGUCAUGGUCUAUGUAUGACAAGUCCAGACUUUGAUGCUAUGAACCUGAACAAGGCUAUCAAGGGCCUUGGCACCGAUGAGCAGGUGCUUGUGGAAAUUAUCUGUACUCGAUCUAAUGCCCAGAUCCAGGCCUUCAAGACAGCUUACAAAGCUAAGUAUGGCAAGGAACUGGAGACCGAUGUCGCUGGCGACACGUCCGGAAACUUCAAACGUUUAUUGAUCAGCUGUCUGCAGGCUAACCGUGACGAGAGCAAAGAGUUUGACCGCAAUAAGGCCAAGCAAGAUGCACAGGCCUUACAUGAAGCUGGUGAGAAGAAAUGGGGAACGGAUGAGUCUCGCUUCAAUGUCAUUCUAGUGGCCCGUUCUUAUGCACAGCUCCGUGCAACCUUCCAGGAAUAUGCCAAACUUGCAAACAAAGACAUCGAAGAUACACUGAAGAGUGAGAUGUCUGGUGACCUUCUCAAGGGCAUGCUGGCUGUUGUUCGCUGUAUACGUAGCAAGCCCGCCCACUUUGGAGAUGAGUUGUACAAGUCCAUGAAAGGUCUUGGAACAGAUGAUGACCGUCUGUGUCGGAUCCUCGUGUCACGCUGUGAAGUGGACAUGGUCCAGAUCAAAGAGGCAUUCCAACAAGCCUACAAACAGACUCUCGGCAUGUUCAUCGCUGAUGACGUGUCUGGUGACUACAAGGCGCUCAGUUUGGCCCUGAUUGGUGAAGGUUCAACUACAGGUAAAGACACGACAGAAAAGAAAAGCAAAAAGGGAUGGUUUUAAAGAAGUCUGGCAAAGAAGAUAAGUUUUUUUGUGUUGAUGACAGAGGAUUUAAUAGAAGAAACAUGAUCAUUGUCAUUAGAAAGUUACACUGCUUUUAUUAGGAAUUUAAAAUCUCUCAUCAUUAUGGCUCAAAUACAUUUAGAUUAUUUUUUUAUCAUCACUUCUUAAAUGAUUUCACAUUUUCAGUUUGAAUAUGAUGAAACAAUUCUGUGAUGUAUAGGACUAGUUUACUUAUAAAGGCAAUAUACUCUCAUACUAUCAAUUGGUUAAUUAGUACUGAUGGAGAUAUAUGGAUUUAUGGAGUUUUGGCUGGUACUUUGUAGGUGAUGGUUUCACUCUGGGUAUUAGUUAGAAUAUGUAGUAUGGGAUUGGAGGGGAUAUAUUGUAAAUGGGUUAUGAUAAAGUGCUUCCAUACACCAAUAUCAGAAAAUAUUUUAUCAGAAGGAAUUUUAUGCUUAAGGAGAGCUUGAUUCAACUGAUGCAUAUAAUGAAUUCUAAAUUUGAUUUAGAGAUUUUUUUCAUAAUAUACAAUUCAGUCACUCGUGCAUUCAAGUCAACACUGGAGAUGCACAAGCUUAAUGUAACGAAAUGAAGAAUCAAAACCUACUUCAAAUAGAAGAUUUUAUUUAACAAAAAAAUAUGUAUAUUGAAAAUGAGAAUAUACAUAUUAAUACUAUUAAGAUAUUUUGUAUGAUAUAGUCAGAGGGAAACAUCAUAGAAAACUAGACAAGAUUGUGACUAAAUUAUUAUGGUCAAAUUUACUUGUUGCGUAUUAAUUUUUGUAUUGUGUUUCUCAUAGAAUUUCGGUAUUAUGUGAAUACCUGUAGCACUAAUACAUUUUAUUUAGAUUUCUAUGUUUAAGCUGAUUAAUGACAUGCAACUAAAUAGCUCCGCCCAGAACACUUGACGGACGUGUUUGACGGGUAAUAUCAUUUUCUUCCAUGGAAAGUUAUUUUGAUCGAUAUAUUUGUUUUUUAAUAUAUGCAAAUUAAGAGUACAUGUAAUCAUGUUUACUGAUAAGGUUAAAAUCGAAAAUGCAAGUCAGUCUUCUGAUUAUCAGUGCAUUGACGAAAGCUCUACUUGGAAAAAAAUUAAUAUAUACAAAAUUUGGAUUAUUCAAUUGAAAUAAUUUCAAGCUAGUCAGUCAUGUCAUUAGUUUUUUAUUUAUUCUCUCGGAGUGUAUUUGGUAUCGUAAUGUGAUUCCCUGGCGAUUACGUUAAGUGCUUUCUUAGUGAUUUAAAAAUGUACCAUAAAUCUGGGAAUACUACAAAUAUAAAAAGGGGACCGAGACCGUAAGAGAUACACUGAAGAAUCUCAAUACCUGUCGAAAUCAUGAAAGGAGGAGAAAUUGCUUAUCAGUAUAUUAUUUCCAUCGAGAUCACUUAUACUCCGGCCUUUGUUAUCAGGAUGUACUUAUGUGCCGGUUUACCUGUAAUUCUGAGUUUUAUCAAAAUUCAAGUCAUUUAGAUAUACAUAUAUACACGAUACAAUGAUAUUAUUGUAAAUACCCCAAUUAAUUUGCACUGUACAUACUAACAGCACAUCUGAGUAAAACAAGAAAUCAUGUUUACAUUGGUAGAUCAACAAAAUAUUAUUAAUAUUUAUCUAAUAUAAAAAUAUUCCAAUUUUAUUACAAUGUAGUUAAUUGUACAUUUCCUUUUAUGUAUACAUGUAUGUAUAUAUAUAAUUAUGCCCAUUACUGCCAUUGUUUCUAUAUUGAUCCUUAGCGAUCUUCAAGAUCACUGAACGUCUGUCUGAAUAUUAAUCAAAUACUUAUAAAUUUGUAGGAGCUGUGUAGAAUCGCUAGUAAAUUAUAUUAACAUUUAAUAAAUAAUGAUAUGUAUUAUGUCUCUCAUUCAGAUAUAUAUUUCCAACGUUCAUGGGGAUGAUAGUUAUUGUUAUGUAGUAGAUGUGUUAAAUAGAUGAUCAUUUCGUCAUUGCCUCACCAAAGAUAUUGCGCUAUUGUGAUUUUCGAAAAGCUCCUUUGCUAUGCUUGGUCAUAAAGACACAGUACAAAAUAUUUAAGCAUUGAUG